AUGGACCAGGGUGAUCAGUGGGCGGAGAUUGCUGGAGAUAGACGCUGGUCUUGGGAAGGGAUGCUGUCGUACUUCAAGGCCAAUGAAACAUUCAUCCCGUCAGCGACACAGAAAAGCUUGCAGGAGGAGAAUGAGGAUCUUCACGGCACCGAUGGACCUAUCAUGGUCUCUCACCCAAGCAACUCUGGUAAACCUCGAGAUUACCCCCUCCGACAGGACAUGGCCCGGUUUCACCAGGCCUUGGGUGCGAAAUUGAUCCCUGAGAACAAUGCUGGUAGUGCUAUCGGUUACACAGAGGCUGCACAGUCCAAUUAUGAUGGCCAGAGACAAUUCGCUGCCAAGGCUUACCCAUUCGGUCCCAAUGUCACUGUAUGGGCCGAAAGCGAAACUAAGAAUAGAGGAUCAGUGAAGCUCAACUCAAGUGACCCUGCUGAUUCACCAGUUGUCGACCCGGCCCUUCUGGCUUCGCCGACUGACAAAGAAAUUCUAUAUGCCGCUGUAUGCUCAACCAUGACCGCAAUGAAAAACCUUGAGGGUCUAGACGCAGUCGAGUACACUAUCGACGAAGCUCUUCGACAUGGCUUGUCAGAUGAUGCUGUGGCGGCAGGGUGA